GUGUAGGAAUUGGCGUGGUCCAUGCUGGGUACGAGAGACGCCUGGCCCAUCACCUGGGAGCGCAUAGUACUCCCUCUAUCCUGGGAAUCAUAAAUGGGAAAAUCUCCUUCUUCCAUAAUGCAGUCGUCCGCGAGAACCUACGACAGUUUGUAGAAAGUCUUCUUCCAGGGAACUUGGUGGAAAAAGUUACAAAUAAAAAUUACGUCCGAUUCCUCUCUGGCUGGCAGCAAGAGAAUAAACCUCGUGUCCUUCUGUUUGACCAGAUGCCCGUCGUACCACUGCUGUACAAGUUGACUGCUUUUGCAUACAAAGAUUACUUGUCAUUUGGAUAUGUACAUGUCGGUUUGAGAGGGGCGGAAGAGAUGACAAGACGGUACAAUGUCAAUGUCUAUGCCCCCACCAUCUUGAUCUUUAAAGAACACAUAAACAAGCCUGCAGAUGUUAUCCAG